CCGGCGAGGCCCUCCUCUCUCUCUCUCGAUUCCAUCACAGAAAACGAGGAAGGGACUUGUGCCCUUUGCCCUCUUUCCUCUGCCUUCGAUUCCUUUCUCUCUUUCUUAGUUGGGGCACCUUAGCUUUAUGGAAGGAAGACGCCAUUUUUUUUCCUCGUCAAGCUGUUCGCGUUUGUGACCUAGAAUCGCCAUUGGAGCGGAGGAGGCGCAGGGAUUUGGGGUGCUCGAUCUCUGUCUGAUUUUUUUUUAGGGAGAGAGAGGGAGAGGGAGAGGAUUGGGGGAGUGGUUUGAGGAAUGAGCUGAUGCGCUCUUCCAACAGAUCGGAAUGGGAGUGCUGGAUUCCAUCUUGAGUCGGGAUGCCCGGAAGUUUAUCAAGCGCAAGGACAGCGACGCAGGGGAACAUGGUCGAGCUCUGGAAGAGCUGCGGAGUUCUUUGUAUAGUGACUUCCAUACUUCUGAAGGAGCAAAACGCCAGCAGCAAAGAUUCUGUGGUCCGGUUGUAGCGAUGACCUUUAAUUUCACAGUAGCUGUUGGAAUAAUCAUGGCAAACAAAGUGGUGAUGGGCAAGGUUGGAUUCAAUUUCCCAGUUGCUCUGUCGCUAAUCCACUAUGCAACUGCUUGGUUUCUUAUGGCCAUUUUCAGCGCACUUUCACUAUUACCUGCCUCCCCUCCUUCUAAAUCCACCCCUUACUCUUCCUUGUUUGUCUUGGGUGCUGUUAUGUCUCUUUCUACUGGACUGGCUAACAUCAGCUUGAAACAUAACAGUGUGGGGUUCUAUCAGAUGGCUAAGAUAGCUGUUACUCCAACCAUUGUUUUAGCUGAGUUCAUGCUUUUCAAGAAAAAGGUUUCCUUUCAGAAGGUUAUCACAUUGGCUAUUGUAUCAAUAGGUGUGGCUGUUGCGACUGUCACUGAUCUAGAAUUCAAUUUUUUCGGUGCUUGUGUAGCAUUAGCAUGGAUUGUGCCUAGUGCUGUAAAUAAAAUUCUGUGGUCUAAUAUGCAGCAAAAGGGCAAUUGGACUGCCCUCGCGUUGAUGUGGAAGACUACCCCAAUUACAAUCUUCUUCUUCAUGGCUCUGAUGCCUUUGCUAGACCCACCGGGUAUUUUAUCCUACAAUUGGAAUUUAAGCAACACGACUGCGAUCAUCAUAUCAGCUCUAUUUGGAUUUCUCCUUCAGUGGUCAGGGGCUUUGGCACUUGGCGCCACAUCUGCUCUCUCGCACGUGGUUCUGGGCCAGUUCAAAACAUGUGUAAUUAUGCUUGCUGGAUUUCUAUUUUUCAAUUCUGAUCCGGGAGUCAUUAGUCUAUGCGGGGCUGUCACUGCUCUUUGUGGUAUGUCAGUCUACACUUACCUCAACAUGCAAGGCUCCAAGGGGUUGGGAACAGCAAGCAAGCAGCUUCUUUCAAAGCAGAAUUCAUUUACCCAAAACCCAAAACCGACUUCGACAGCACAGCAAGCAAUCAACUUCUUUCAAAGCAGAAUUCAUUCCCUCCAAGACCCAAAAUCGACUUCGACAGCUCAGGCAAGCAGCCUCUUUUGAAGCAGAAUUCUAUAUCUCUAAAACCCAAAACCAUCAUAGACAACGAGGCGCCUGACCUAAAGAUCGAUGAGGAUCCUGUUUGAGAGAACAAAUGCUCGGUGUGUGCCAAGUGACGCUUUCACUAACCAUGUCAACUUUUUUGUCUCUCCGUUCUUUGUUUGCACCAUUUUUUCCCUGAAAUUUAACUUAUGUACAGCAAUAACCUGAUUCUGGGCAAUUUUGGAUGAUCAAAAUACAUUUAUCAGUUUCCCUAUAAAUUUGUUGUUCUCAACUUUGUGUGGAA